UUUGGCGGAGGCGCACGGCGUUGGCAGGUCCUCAGCUGAUGUGAAGGUAAGAGCUGAGAGAGUGGAGCUGCUCUGUCUAACAGCAACUACAGCACUGCAACAAAUAGUGAAUGGUAGUGUCUAGAAAGGGUAUGUCCCUUCAGGAGAGAGGUGCCAAUGUCCAACCGGCCUAAUUCCAAUCCAGGGGGGUCACUGCGACGUUCACAGAGGAACAGUGCUGCGGCCCAGCCACACGACGACUCAGUCGCAGGAAGGUUGCAGUCAGAGCAGGUAAAACGUGAAGCUAAUUCCCCUCCUGAAAGUAGAAGACCUAUUUCUAAGGCUUCAAAAGCCCAACCCACAGGGCACCGUUCAAGAAGAAGCGGCCUUCCGCUGUCAGUGGCUUCGUUCGUACUGCAGGACGACUCGGUUGGUGCGGGGACAUCAGAAGCAGAGAGGGCCAGCCAGGCUAAGAGGGAGGGCACCCGUGGAGUGAAGCGCGGCUCGGCCCCAGAGCAGAACAGCUCUUACUCAGCCAGCCCUGCUAAAAAGCCCAAAGCGCUUGUGACCCCAGACGCCUGCCCCGAGGCCAGACGGACAUCGGCUAAACCUAAGAAGAGGCGCUUGGUGCUAGAGCAGCCCGUCUCAGGCAGCCGGGCCCUGAACAGGAAGAGUGGAGCGGCCGGGGCGUCCCCGACCCAGAAACGGAAAAAGGCGGACGCUUCCUCGGGUUCUCUCCCCGCUGGUACCGAGGCCAAGUCCGCAAAACCCACCAAGCUGGCUUCUAAACCGGCCGCCUCAGCCAGAGCUGGGUGCAGCACUGUAACGGACACCUCCUCUUCUGCCUCCUCUUCCUCCUCCUCCUCUUCCACCGGACCCCCCGGCACCGCAGCCCAGGGUGCGCGACUUAAGCAGGGGAAGGACCAGAGCAAAGCCCGGCGUUCCCGCUCAGCCUCUAGCCCCAGUCCACGGCGCAGCAGCCGGGACAAGGAGCCACCCAAACCCCCCGGUACCUCCAAGUUUGAGUGGGCUGCCCGCUUCAGCCCCAAGGUCAACCUGCCGAAGCCCAAGCUGUCUCUGCCCGGGUCCUCCAAGCCAGAGACGUCGAAGCCCGGCCCCUCAGGGCUGCAGGCCAAGCUAGCUAGUUUAAGGAAGUCCACGAAGAAGCGCAGCGAAUCACCCCCAGCGGAGCUCCCCAGCUUCCGGCGGAGCGCACGGCAGAAGACCACGGGCUCCUGUGCCAGUACCAGUCGGCGAGGCUCAGGCCUGGGCAAGCGCGGGGCGGGCGACGCGCGCCGACAGGAGAAGAUGGCCGACGCCGACAACAAUCAAGAUGGGGCCAACCCUUCCAGCGCACGCACCGACGACGUCCCGCAAGGAGCCUCCGCCUCCAGCUCAGUGGCCGGAGCAGUGGGUAUGACCACGUCGGGGGAGAGCGAAUCUGACGACUCGGAAAUGGGCCGCCUGCAGGCUCUCCUGGAAGCCAGGGGCCUUCCUCCACACCUGUUUGGGCCCCUGGGGCCCCGUGUGUCCCAGCUGUUCCACAGGACGAUAGGCAGUGGAGCCAGCUCCAAAGCCCAGCAGCUGCUCCAGGGUCUGCAGGCCACGGGAGACGAGUCCCAGCAGCUGCAAGCCGCCAUUGAGAUGUGCCAGCUUCUGGUGAUGGGCAACGAGGAGACGCUGGGGGGGUUCCCGGUGAAGAGCGUGGUGCCUGCGUUGAUUACCCUUCUGCAGAUGGAGCAUAACUUUGACAUCAUGAACCACGCCUCACGGGCUCUGACCUACAUGAUGGAAGCGCUGCCGCGCUCCUCAGCCGUCGUCGUGGACGCUAUCCCGGUCUUCCUCGAGAAGCUGCAGGUGAUCCAGUUCAUCGACGUGGCGGAGCAGGCCCUGACUGCGCUGGAGAUGCUGUCGCGGCGACACAGUAAAGCCAUUCUGCAGGCUGGUGGGCUGGCCGACUGCCUGCUUUACCUUGAGUUCUUCAGCAUCAAUGCCCAGAGGAACGCCCUUGCCAUAGCUGCUAACUGCUGCCAGAACAUCACGCCCGACGAGUUCCACUUUGUGUCCGACUCGCUGCCCCUGCUUACACAGCGGCUAACGCAUCAGGAUAAAAAGUCUGUUGAAAGUACUUGUCUCUGCUUCGCCAGGCUUGUGGACAAUUUCCAAAAUGAAGAGAACCUUCUGCUGCAGGUGGCGUCCCGUGACCUGCUGACCAAUAUCCAGCAGCUGCUGGUGGUGACUCCGCCUGUGUUGAGCUCGGGGAUGUUCAUCAUGGUAGUCCGCAUGUUCUCGCUCAUGUGUUCCAACUGCCCCUGUCUGGCCGUGCAGCUCAUGAGGCAAAAUAUCGCAGAGACCCUUCGAUUCCUCCUGUGCGGGGCGGCGAACAACAGCUGCCAAGAGCAGAUCGACCUGGUGCCCCGGAGUCCGCAGGAGCUGUAUGAGCUCACCUCUCUCAUAUGUGAGCUGAUGCCCUGCCUGCCCAGAGAGGGCAUCUUCGCGGUGGACACCAUGCUGAAGAAGGGCAGUGCCCAAACCACCGAGGGUGCCGUCUGGCAGUGGAGGGAUGAUCGAGGCCUGUGGCACCCCUACAACCGCAUAGACAGCCGCAUCAUUGAGACGGCACACCAGAAUGGUGAAGACGAGAUCAGCCUGUCUACCCUGGGCCGUGUUUAUACCAUCGACUUUAACUCCAUGCAGCAGAUCAAUGAGGACACAGGCACAGCACGGGGCAUCCAGAGAAAACCCAGCCCCCUGGCCAACCCCAGCUCUGGUGGGCAUACGGAGCUCAGGAAGGACGACGCCCGGGCAGUGCUGAUGAGGGAGGACCCCGAGUUGGCCCGCUGCUUCAUCAAGACGCUGUUCGGGGUGCUCUACGAGGUGUACAGCUCCUCGGCCGGUCCCGCCGUCAGACACAAGUGCCUUCGAGCCAUUCUUAGGAUUAUUUACUUUGCCGAUGCUGAGCUGCUCAAGGAUGUGCUGAAAAACCACGCAGUGUCCAGCCACAUUGCGUCUAUGCUGUCCAGUCAGGACCUUAAGAUUGUAGUUGGAGCUCUGCAGAUGGCAGAGAUUCUGAUGCAGAAACUUCCAGAUGUGUUCAGCGUUUACUUCAGAAGGGAAGGUGUAAUGCACCAAGUUAAAAACCUGGCCGAAUCUGAGACGUUCCUCACCAGUCCGCCAAAGGCCUGUUCUAGUGGUUCUACAAACCUCUGUACCACCAUCAGCACUGGUACCACGGCCAGUAGCGCCACGCCCGACCUGGGCUCGCCCAGCUUCCAGCACAGCAUGGAGGAUUCCCUGGACCUGAGUCCGCAGGGGAGGCUAAGCGACGUACUGAAGAGGAAGCGGUUGCCUAAGCGAGGACCUCGGAGACCCAAAUACUCUCCACCCAGGGAUGAUGAUAAAGUUGACAAUCAGGUGUUUCUCUCCCCAGCUAAGAGUCCCACUGCCACACAGUCUCCAAAAUCCUCAUUCUUGGCCAGCCUGAACCCCAAGACCUGGGGUAAGCUGGGCGCCCAGAGCAACAGCACGGGGGCAGAGCCCCCUCGGCAGCCAGGGGCGAGUGGGCUGCCUCGGCCCACCCCCAAGGACACGGUCUCCAACAACCGGUACGCUUGGCCCGACCUUUGGCCUAGGGAGAAGAUCAAGGCGUGGAUUAAGGAGCAGGCCAGUAAGUUUGUGGAAUGCCACUUCAGCUCUGAGAACGUAGACUGCAGCAACCCCGCUCUGAAUGUUCUUCAGAGGCUCUGCUCGGCAACGGAGCAGCUCAACCUGCAGGUGGACGGAGGGAUCGAGUGCCUUGUGGAGAUCUGCGGCAUUGUGUCCGAGUCGGACGUCUCCUCGUUUGAGAUCCAGCACAGCGGCUUCGUGAAGCAGCUGUUGCUGUAUUUGACCUCCAACAGCGACAGGGAUGCAGUUACCCGGGACAUCAGGCUCAAGCGCUUCCUGCAUGUGUUUUUUGGCUGUCCGGUUCCGGGCAUGGAGCCCGUGGGUCGCCUGGACCCCGCUGAGAAUGGCUCACUGCUGGCACUGGUCCACAAGAUGAAUAGCUGCCUGAGUCAGAUGGAGCAGUUUCCCGUCAAAGUGCACGACUUCCCCAGUGGAAAUGGAACUGGCAGCAGAGGAUCUCAGGCUCUGAAGUUCUUCAACACGCACCAGCUGAAGUGCCAACUGCAGCGGCACCCAGACUGUACCAACGUGAAGCAGUGGAAGGGCGGUCCCGUCAAGAUCGACCCCCUGGCGCUAGUGCAGGCUAUCGAGAGAUACCUCGUCGUCCGAGGCUACGGUCGCAUUCGCGAGGAGGAUGAGGACAGCGAUGACGACGGGUCCGACGACGAAAUUGACGAAUCGUUGGCGGCUCAGUUCCUGAGCUCGGGAAGCGUGCGGCAUCGCCUGCAGUUCUGCAUCGGCGAACAGCUGCUGCCUUAUAGCAUGACCGUAUACCAGGCCGUGCGGCAGUUUAGCCUGCAGGCCGAGGAGGAGCGCGAGUCCACGGACGACGAGUCGAACCCCCUGGGCCGCGCUGGCAUCUGGACCAAGACGCACACCAUAUGGUACAAACCUGUGAGGGAGGAUGAGGAUGGUGGGAAGGACGCAGUGGGGGGGAAGAGGGGUCGUGCCCAGACCGCACCCACGAAGACCUCCCCCCGCAAUGCCAAGAAGCAGGAUGAGCUGUGGCAUGAGGGUGUGUGCCCUAGUGUCUCAAACCCCUUGGAGUCGUACCUUAUGUCUGAAUGUCCGGAGGGCAUCACAUUUGAGGACCCGUCCCUGGACGUGAUCCUGCUCCUUAGGGUCCUCCAUUCCAUCAGCAGAUACUGGUUCUACCUUUACGAUAACGCCGUGUGCAAAGAGAUCAUCUCCACUAGCGAGUUCAUCAAUAGCAAGCUGACGGCCAAGGCCAACCGGCAGCUGCAGGACCCUUUGGUCAUUAUGACUGGAAACAUCCCCUCCUGGCUGACUGAACUGGGCAAGACCUGCCCUUUCUUCUUCCCCUUUGACACGAGGCAGAUGCUCUUUUACGUGACAGCGUUUGACCGGGAUCGCGCCAUGCAGCGCUUGUUGGACACCAACCCUGAGAUCAACCAGUCUGAUUCUCAGGACAGUCGCGUGGCUCCGCGACUCGACCGCAAGAAGCGCACUAUAAACCGAGAGGAGCUUCUCAAGCAGGCAGAGUCGGUGAUGCAGGAUCUGGGAAGUUCCCGGGCAAUGCUGGAGAUCCAGUAUGAGAAUGAGGUGGGCACUGGGCUUGGCCCCACGUUGGAGUUCUAUGCCCUUGUGUCCCAAGAGCUGCAGCGUGCAGACUUGAGUCUCUGGAGAGGAGAGGAGGUCACACUGGCUAACCCCAAGGGAAGCCAGGAAGGAACCAAGUAUAUCUUCAGUUCCAGAGGCCUGUUUGCUGUCCCCUUUGGCAGGACCACCAAGCCAGCACACAUGGCAAAGGUCAAAAUGAAGUUUCGUUUCCUGGGCAAGCUGAUGGCCAAGGCCAUUAUGGACUUCAGGCUGCUCGACCUGCCCCUCGGACUCCCCUUCUACAAGUGGAUGCUACGGCAUGAGUUGUCCAUCAGCUCCCACGAUCUGAUGAACAUCGACCCUGCUGUUGCCAGAUCCAUUCAGCACCUGGAGGACAUAAUCCGCCAGAAGAAGCAGCUUGAGCAGGACAGAUCGCACACUCGUGAGAGCCUGCAGUUGGCCCUGGAGAGCCUGAACAUGAAUGGCUGCUCUGUGGAGGACCUGGGUUUGGACUUCACCCUGCCGGGCUUCCCUCACAUCGAGCUGAAGAAGGGUGGCAAAGACUUGCCUGUAACCAUCCACAACCUGGAGCAGUAUCUCAGGUUGGUCGUCUACUGGACGUUGAAUGAAGGGGUCUGUCGGCAGUUUGAAUCUUUCCGAGAAGGGUUCGAGUCGGUCUUCCCCCUACAUCACUUGCAGUAUUUUUACCCUGAAGAGCUGGACCAGCUGCUGUGCGGUAGCAAGUCUGAGACGUGGGAUGUGAAGACGCUGAUGGAGUGCUGCCGGCCUGACCACGGUUAUACCCAUGACAGCCGUGCCGUCAGAUUCCUGUUUGAGGUGCUCAGCAGUUUUGAUGCAGAGCAGCAGAGACUGUUUCUACAGUUUGUUACUGGGAGCCCCAGACUGCCCGUGGGAGGAUUCCGAAGCCUCAAUCCGCCGCUGACCAUAGUACGCAAAACGUUCGAGGUGACUGAGAACCCAGACGACUUCCUGCCCUCGGUCAUGACUUGUGUUAACUACCUGAAGCUGCCCGACUACUCCAGCAUGGAGAUCAUGCGGCAGAAGCUGCUGAUCGCGGCCCGCGAGGGACAGCAGUCCUUCCACCUCUCCUGAUCUCACUGUAACAUUCAAUGCCUUCUACAGCCACAGAGAAAAUCAUGCUCCUUUAGGGGUUCUCCUUUUUCCUUUUUUAUACUCCGCUACAUUCAAGGCGAUGUGUACAGCAUUUUUUUUCCCCCUUUUUUUUUUGUUUUUGUUUUUGUUUUUGUUUUUUUGUCAGAAAGCAGCUUGCAGAUAUUGACACGCGUGCGCACACACACAGACACACGGAUCGUGUGUUCUGUUCCCUUCUCAAACUGAAAGACGUUAUAUGACCCAUAUAAUUUAAAAUGUGUAUAAGUCUAGUAUCUUGGGUAAUGUUUAAAAAAAAAAAAAAAAAAAAGUAAAGAGAAAAAUCUGGGGUGACAUUUUAGGGCUUUCAUUGCAGUGUGAUAUUAAAAAGGGAUCCCUUUCCACUGAAUGGUGAUUUUUGAAUGAUGAGUUCACACAAGCUCUUCCCAUUGACCAAGCUAGGCUUUCCUUGGCUCCAAAGAUCAUUUGUACAGACUUAAUUCUUCCCAUCUUGAUAGAUUAGCUUGAUCUCAUUAUUCAUUCCCUUUCAGUUGUGUCCAUUUUACAAUAUGUUCUGUAUCAUAACCCACAGCCUUUGUGUGAGUGUGGUGGAAAAAGAGAUCCAGUUCCCAGAUGGCAGGUAGUCAUGGGAAUGGUUUGGAGAAGGCUUUUACCAGAGUUUGUGUUCUAACCUGAAGUUGAAGUGCUUCAGCUCUGUGUUGGCGUUUAUCCACUGUCUUGGAUGGGUUGACAGUUUUUGCUUCUGUUUGCAGGAGUUCUGAUGGCCGAGUACAGGUCAAGGUCCUCCACGCCCAUACCGUAGCUGAGCACAUUUGGCUGGUCUCAUUUUAUCGUUUGACAGCCAGAUAGCAUUUCAUUCAUUCAUUUACGGAGUAAAGUUUAUAUGCAGUUUCACACCUGGUUUGAGGUGACAUGGCUGCUUUUUUUCUAUUUCCCCCCCUCCCCCCCCCGCUCUAGAUUUUUUUGCACUGCUGGCUUGGAACAGACUGUGGUGUGCACCUGCAGUCUUAGGCCAGCGAGGGCUGCACCAAGCUCUCCUGGCCAACCGUUCAUGUGCUGGUUUCUAAGAUCUGCAAUAAUUUACUGCAUCAGGUUCUUGUUUUUACCUGAACAUAAAUAAAGUAACUGUUUGACUCAUCUUUGUUCAUGUUUAGAACGUUGGUUCAUUGUGUUACUCCUCCCCUUCUGUGUGUGUCUGCUCAUGUGAUGCUGGACAAGCCGUGAUUUCCUGGACAUGAGAAAUUGUGUAACACUAAGUGGAGACACCGGAGUAUGACACAACUGUGCUGGGAAGAUCACUGUAAUGGUGACCCCCUCCCCCCAAGCCACACCACUGCAGCCCCCUCUUGUCUCCUGGAGCGCUGACGGUACAGCUGACGCUAGUGUCGUACCUCAGAGAACCACAUAAACAUCCUGUUCUUUCCUGGUCUUUACUUCUGUUUGAUUGCUGUGUCACUUCAUUGACUUUGGAUGUGUGUGGGGUUGGACCCAGUUCAUCCUGCUGCUGAAAUGCUAGAACUGGGUGAAGCCUCACUGGAUACACGCCAAGGCAUGACAUUUUGGAUUCUGCUCACCCUGGACUACACGGAUGAGGGAGGGCCACAGCUGUAAAAUGCUUGUGAAUGCAAUUCCAGUAGCUUGAAAAGCAGCAAGUAUGUUUUUCCCCUCAAUCCUCGGGUGUAGGGAUGAGCUUUAAGUCAUUAACUGACGAGUGCAGCAGUUGCCUAUGACUUCAUUGGUCUCUCUGAAAUGCUGACUUCAGCCAUGCCUAUGUGAGACAGGUAAGAUUCCUGCUAGCUGUAGUCUUAGUGGAGAAGACCUUCAGCUAAAUGAACAUGGACUGAGACCAUAACAAAGCCAACAGAAGACUGUCACUGAGUUUGUUCCUCACUGAAGAGAGACAUUUAUCACCCAUAUUAGCAAACUUGAGUCCAAGGGGAUGUUUUGUGAUUGUUCUGUGUUUGCUCAAUCUUAGGGUCCACCAAUUUCAGUUGCCCUUGACCAAAAAAAAAGCCAUACACAUUUGCACUUGCAAGCUUUAUUUUCAUUGUCUCCCCCUAAUAUAGAUGUUUCGGUGAUGGGCUGGACUUGCAAAACAAUAGUAUUGUUUUUCCACAGGGACAAGACCACAUCAGUACUGUAUUUUAUUUUGAUACAUACUGUAAUAGUACAGUAGUAAUUAGAUGUGUGAAUUUAUUAAAGGAAUAUUGACGAUAA